AAGCUCGUUUUGUUUCUAUUAAAAUAAAAUUUAUGAAAAGAAUUGGUUCUUUGCUGAGAUACUUUUCAACUGCUAAGCAACUUUAUUUCACGAAAGAUUUAUGUAUUAGGGUUUUGGAUCAAUAUCCAGAUGUUAGAAUCCUUAAAAUAAUUCAUUCUAAGGUUUUGAAUGACCAAUUUAUGAGAUGGAAUCCGUGUAUUGGGGUUAAAUUAAUGAGAGCUUAUGCUGCUUGUGGUGAACCGCGUCUUGCACGCUGCGUAUUCGAUGAAAUUACGGAUAAAAAUGUUGUUUUCUUCAAUGUUAUGAUUAGAAGCUAUGUUAAUAAUAGUUUAUAUGAAGCUGCUUUGCGUAUUUUUAAAGUUAUGUACAGUCAAGGGUUUCUUCCUGAUAUGUAUACUUACCCUUGUGUAUUAAAGGCUUCUUCUGGGUCUGAUAGCUUGUGGGUUGGUUUGCAAAUUCAUGCUGCUGUUUUGAAAGUUGGUCUUGAGUUUAAUCUUUUUGUCGGGAAUGGAUUAAUUGCUAUGUAUGGGAAGUGCAAGUGUUUGAAUGAGGCGCGGCAAGUGUUGGAUGAAAUGCCUUGUAGAGAUGUAGUUUCUUGGAAUUCUAUGGUUGCUGGAUAUGCACUAAAUGAACGGUUUAAUGAUGCGUUGAAGCUUUGUAGAGAAAUGGAAGGUUUUAAUUUUAAACCGGAUGAUUGCACGAUGGCUAGCCUUUUGCCAGCUGUGACUAACACGUCUUCUGAUAAUGUUUUGUAUGUUGAGGAGAUGUUCAUGAAGCUUGCAAAAAAGAGUCGGAUUUCUUGGAAUGUGAUGAUAGCUAUGUACGUGAAUAAUACAAUGCCUAAGAAAGCAGCGGCUCUGUAUGCACAGAUGGAAGAAAACGGUAUUGAACCUGAUGUUGUCAGUGUUGUUAGUGUUCUUCCUGCUUGUGGAGAUCUUUCUGCCGUGUCAAUAGGAAGGCGGAUUCAUGAAUAUGUGGGAAGGAAGAAGCUUUUUCCAAAUUUGCUUUUGGAGAAUGCACUGAUUGAUAUGUAUGCAAAAUGUGGAAGUUUACAGGAUGCAAGAGCAGUGUUUGAGAAGAUGAAGUUUCGGGAUGUCGUAUCGUGGACUUCUAUAAUCUCUGCUUAUGGUAUUAGCGGCCAAGGUCGUGAUGCUGUAGCAGUGUUUGAAGAUAUGCAGAAAUCAGGUUUGAGACCCGAUUCAAUUGCCUUUGUUUCUGUUUUAGCAGCCUGCAGCCAUGCUGGAUUAUUAAAAGAGGGGCAAUAUUACUUUAAUUUAAUGUCCGUAUAUGGAAUAAUUCCAAAGUUGGAACACUUUGCUUGCAUGGUAGAUUUGUUAGGACGUGCUGGAAAGAUAGAUGAAGCUUAUGGCUUUAUCAGUCAGAUGCCUCUACAGCCCAAUGAAAGAGUUUGGGGGGCUUUGUUGAGUGCUUGUCGAGUUUAUUCCAAUAUGAACAUUGGGAUUCUGGCUGCUGAUCACCUUUUUCAAUUGAAUCCCGAGCAGUCGGGUUAUUAUGUCUUGUUAUCCAACAUCUAUGCAAAAGCUGGAAGAUGGCCAGAUGUUGCAGCGGUCAGGUCAAUUAUGCAGAGCAAGGGAAUCAAGAAAAUACCUGGUAUUAGUAAUGUCGAGCACAACAAUGCUGUUCGGACAUUUCUUGCUGGUGACCGAUCGCAUCCACAUUCAAAUGAGAUCUAUGAACAGUUGGAUGUAUUAGUUGGUAAAAUGAAAGAGUUUGGUUACACACCGGAUACUGAUUCCGCUCUUCACGAUGUGGAAGAGGAGGAUAAGGACAGCCAUCUAGCAGUCCAUAGUGAGAAAUUAGCUAUUGCAUUUGCUAUUUUAAACACCAAAGCGGGAACUCCAAUUAGAAUAACGAAAAAUCUUCGUGUUUGUGGAGACUGCCAUGAGGCUGCCAAGCUUAUUUCUAAGAUUGCGGAACGUGAAAUCAUCAUUAGGGACACUCAUCGUUUUCACCAUUUUGAUGAUGGUUGUUGCUCUUGUGGAGAUUAUUGGUGAUUAGGUUAUGCCUCUACAGUUGGACUAUGCAGGUCUGAAAUGGAUGGAAAUUUACAACGAGGCCAAGUACAUAGCAAAGAAUAGUGAUGUAAAAGUAGAUUAUUCUUGCGUAGCUACUAAUUGUCGAUGAGCCUCCUAAUAGAGAAGAGGUAACACCGACGGUUCGAUGGCUAAGAUCAUUGCACGUAAUCUAAAAGUCUUUUCUCCAGUCAUUUAGACACUUUCCUCCACUUUUACUAGAAGCAGACCGAGUCAUCGGAGUUGAUUUUUGAAGUCAUUGAAGCUAGAUAUCAAGUGAGUCACGUGUUUCUACAAAACCUAUGCACACGUUAUAAUGUAGAAAUUACUUGUGUAUACUUUAGCAAUGGAUAUUGAUUGAUUGGCUUAACAAGACUAAUAGACUCGUAAAUGAAUUGCAAUUCUUGUGUUAACCUUA